GAGUGAAGUUGUGUCUUAUGGGCAAAAGUUGUGUAAACGUAAGGUUAAACAUCAGUUUACUGUGUUUUGUUGAACAUUGCCUGUUUGCAUAUGUUUAGUGAUGCAGUGUUUGGGUGAUAUUGUAGUGUCAGCCGCUUGGCGGCGCUGUUCAGACAGUGGGUAGAGUUUUGAGGGGAGAGAAGGAGAGAAAAGGGAUGGGAAGUGUGUGAUGACUUGACUGAGCUGUCUUUGAACGUGACUGAAGUUAUGAGGAGAACCCAGAACGUAUUGGACUGAUUUAUUCCCUCACUCACACCCACGUCGCUUACACUGGUGGCAGCGGUGGGAUUUCCUCCUGUGGAAUAUAGUCCUUUGGGAUUCUGCUCAACUUUUUGAGUCCCUAAAGCUAUAGGCUAACGAUAGCUACGCUAACCGCUAGCUUAGCUUUAGCUUUCAGUACAGUUAGCCAGCUAGUCGUUACCAAGUCCGUUUUUUUUUGUUUUGUUAGCUUCAAGUGAGUUUAGAAACCGUGUUUCGGUCAUCUAACUCCGUCCGAGGGCUAAAGAAAAAAAUAAUAAAAGAGACGAAGAAAACUCAUCAUGUCUGACGAGGAAGCAUUCUCCACCGGUGAGCAGCGAGCCAGCACAAGCACGAGGGGGGCGUCAGCGCAAGGUGUGCCGCCAUCUAGCAGAACACAGGGAGCGCCCAGGGGCAUUCCCUUACCGCCACCAUUUCACAACGAUGGCCGUGAGUCUUUUCAACUAUGGGCUCGCCGCUAUGAGGUAAUUCAAGAGGCCCGUUACAAGGACAGUGGUGUUGACAUGAAUACAGUAUUAGCAGCUGAGUUACCCACUAGACUACCACCAGAACUGUUCAUUGUAUGGGAUAAUCUGCCCCGGGAAACUCAGGACUCUUAUACUGAAGCAAAGAAGCACUUGCAGACAGCUUUUGGCCAAAAGGAUGUAAUUGCAUCAUUUCAGACAUUCCCUAAUGCCCGGCAUAGACUACCUAAUGAAGCAAUGGAAGUUUAUGCUGCAGACGUAUGCAGGCUUGUCAAAGAAGCUUUCCCAGAUUUUGAGCACAAUGCUUCAGAGUACAUGAAAAUGUCUCGCUUCAUUGCUGGUCUGGAUCAGGAACUUCAAGUCAAAUGUCAUGAAAGAGGGGUGAAAACUUUCACUGAGGCUUUUCAAGUCGCCUCCCAAGCUGAACGGGCUCGCCAAGCAGCUAGAUUAAUAAUGCCAGUGUCCUCACCAAAUGUUACCAUCAGAGAUAUUGGCACAAUGCAGUCAGUAAAUUCAGUACGUGAAAAUGACAUUGAACUCGGGAAAACAGUUCAGAACCUCACUGCUACUGUUAAAGACUUAAGUAAGAAUAUGGAUGCACUGAGACUGAAGCUGGAUGAGCGAAGCAGGGAGCACCACCGUGACAGGCACAUGCAUGUGCGUCCUCAAAGAUCUCCCUCACCUUAUGGGAGAAGCCCAGAUAGGGAUGCAAAGGGAUGGAGCUCAGGCUACAGACAUUCCCCCUCUAGAUACUCACGUUCCAAUCAUUCUCCAGAACACUAUUCUCCUCAGAGGACUCGCCACCAUCAAGAUCACACCCAUAGGGAGCCUGACAGGUACCGACAACCUUACAGAGAUACUCACUACUCAGACCAUGCCUUUAGCCCUUAUGAGGAAAAGAGAGGGAGGCAACCCUCUCCCAGUAGACCCUACUAUGACUCUCACCGCCGAAGCCCGAGUCCCUAUGCCAAGCAUGUUUCAUUCCAAGAGUAUGGGGACCAAGGCCAAACACGACAACCAAAGGACUGGGACAGUCAGUAUCCCACUAAGAGUGGUUACAAAGAUCAUGGCAGAUUUCCACAGGGAAACGGCCGUUAGCUGAUGAUGCGGGGUGUUCAUCAGCUACUUCUCUGGAAGCCCCAGACAUCUGCCUCACUGAAAUAACAGACUGCAUCAGUACACCACCAACCCCUAGUGGUAGCACAGAUAUGACAAUCCCCCUGACUGAAAGUGUGAACAUUGAAGCCACUGUAAGUAAAGACUUCACCUCCUAUGUAAGUGGAAUUGUUGAGGGCACUGAUAUGCAUGCUAGAUACAGGUUCCACUAUUUCGUUCAUCAGUGAGGAAACCAAAAUGUCACUUCCUUCCAUAACAAAAAGACCCAUUAAAAAGAGGUUUAUCAUGUCACAAGCGGUGACUGGCCAAACUUUGGAUACAUUGGGUAUGAUAGACAUCACCUUUAAACUAGGGUCUCAAACUCUGCAACAUGAAGUGCAAGUCAUCAGAAAUGUCGGUCAAGGCUUUAUAUUAGGUUUUGACUUUCUCAAGCCUCACUGUGUGAUUCUGGAUAUGGGGAGAGGACUGUGCUAUCUGGGUGAUGAUGUCCUGCCCCUACUCAGGAAGAGUGACCUGGCACCUGCUAGUUGUAGACAGGGUACAAAACACGCCAAUGCUGACUCUAUGUCCCGUCGUCCCUUCACAUGUGAAGGCACCACCCCUAUGGUUAUAGCCAAUCAGGUGAGAUGUGUUUCCAUUCACACUCAAACAGACCCAAUAGAGUCAUCCAUGUGCACUCCAGCCACUGAGCUGGCACCCUGCUCAGAGACUUUACCCACUGCUUCGACUGCUAUGGAUUUAAUAUCACUCGUGCAGUCUGCUUCACCAGAUACUGCAGCUGUAACGGUGGACAGUUCACUCCUGAAUAUUGACAGGCAGUAUUUCCUCCAAGCUCAAAAAGCUGAUCCUGAGUUGCAAAUAGUCAGGAGCUGGGUGUUGACUGACCAUAGGCCACCAUUCUCAAACAUUAAAGCAGCCUCACCUGAAAUGAGACAGUACUGGAGAGAGUUUCCUAAACUCACCCUUGUUGAUGGUCUUUUGUGUCGCAAAGUCAGACCUCCACCAGGUGACGCUGUUUUACAGAUUGUAGUUCCUAGUAACUUGCAGAAGGAAGUGUUUCAAACUUUACAUGGACAUUCACUCUCGGGACACUUCAGUUCACAAAAGACAUUACAAGGGGCACAGAUCAGAUGCUUUUGGCCUCACAUGACACGUGACAUAACUCAGUGGUGUCUUGAAUGCACAGCCUGUGAAGCACGGCGACCACAGACACCACACCAACAGGCCCCUAUGCAAAACAUAGUCACAUCCAGGCCUUUUGAGAAAAUUGCAGCAGACCUGACGGAACUGCCACUCACACGCCGUGGUAAUCGGUAUGUACUUGUUGUAAUGGACUAUUUUACUAAGUACCUCAACUUGUAUGCCCUUCCUGAUCAACGGGCAACCACUGUGGCUAAAUGUUUGUUUGAAGAUUAUAUCAGCCACCAUGGUGUGCCUCAAAGUUUUCACACUGACCAAGGCCGUCAGUUCAACUCGGAUCUUGUCAAAGAACUGUGCAACCGUCUGGGAAUACAUAAAACGAGGACGUCACCUUAUCAUGCUAUGUUAGAUGGCAUGGUGGAACGAGCAAACAGGACCAUCAAGGACCAGUUAACAAAAUAUCUGUAUACCAGAGGAGGUGAAUGGGAUGACCAUCUACGGCAGGUUGAAUUUGCGUACAACACGACUGUUCACUCCUCCACAAAACACACUCCUUUCUUCCUGGCCCAUGGCAGAGCGGCCCACCUGCCUGCAGAUCUCCUCCUUGGAGACCCACCAGGACUUUCAAACGCCACACCGGGUACUCCAAGUAUUACUGAAACUGUGUGCUGCUUUUCACUCUGUUGCACAUAACAUUGAGGCAGCAGGUGCUCAACAAAAGCACUACUCUGAUCGUCGGAUGAAACACACAGCCUAUGAGCCAGGUGACUUAGUGUGGGUUGACCUUCCUGCCCUUGCUAGACAAAAACUGUCACCUAAGUGGACCGGCCCUUUUAAAGUUCUACGACGGCUUGACUCAGGCACAGGUGACAUUGGAGUAGACUAUGAACUUCUGGAUCAACGGGACCCUAGAGCUAAACCUAAGAUCAUUCACUACAAUCGUCUGAAACCUUAUCGUUCAGCCUGGUCAGCUGACAGACAUCCAGUUCCACCCUCACCUUCAGAACUGACUGUACCAGCAAACGGCCCAGGUCCCCCACUGCUCACUGCACUCUCAGGCUCCAGACCUUAUGUAUACAGGCACCCAAAUAAGCCCGGGUGCUCUGUGACUGUGCCUAGGGAUCAGACAAAUGUUUGCCCUCUGCCCCAGAGUGCUACUAGCACCACAACACAGGUGGGAGACAAUGUUGCCACAGGACAUUCCAGUGAACUGUCUCCGGUAAUUCAGCCUUUCACGGGAGUAAGGACUAAGUCAGGUCGUUGUGUACGUCCCCCAGUGCGUUACAGGACUGUUGAAUGAACUGUGGUCUGUGUCAUAUGCUUGAUUGAGAAGUACAAGUAAAAAAAACAAAACACUGAGAUGUUAUAGGCAAACACAAGGAAAAAAAUGUAUCCUGUUCCACUGUUCUUUGUUGUUGUUUUGCCAACGUCAUCUGUUUAUAUUGUUGUUAAGCAUAAAGUAGUGACAAUUUCAUUACACCUAUUUGGAAGCGAGGACGCUUCUUGCGUAAGGGGGGGACGAUGUGUAAGAGUGAAGUUGUGUCUUAUGGGCAAAAGUUGUGUAAACGUAAGGUUAAACAUCAGUUUACUGUGUUUUGUUGAACAUUGCCUGUUUGCAUAUGUUUAGUGAUGCAGUGUUUGGGUGAUAUUGUAGUGUCAGCCGCUUGGCGGCGCUGUUCAGACAGUGGGUAGAGUUUUGAGGGGAGAGAAGGAGAGAAAAGGGAUGAGAAGUGUGACUUGACUGGGCUGUCUUUGAACGUGACUAAAGUUAUGAGGAGAACCCAGAACGUAUUGGACUGAUUUAUUCCCUCACUCACACCCACGUUGCUUACACUAGUUUAAAUCCCAACACACACUCCAUAAGACAAAUUUUAUUUAACAUUGGCUAUUGAUGUUCCCUUGAGCAUGACACUGAACUCAGCAACACCUGGAUGACUUGGAGAAGGAAGAGUUUUGAAGUCUCUCCCGCCCCUCAGGGUCAUGUGAUUUCUUGUAAGUUGCACAAGUGAAAUUAAAUUCAACGGAGCAGGAGGAUAAAAUGGCGUCUGACGCGGGAUGGCAGUACUGGAACUGAAAGUCUUCAACGGAGCAGAGCAGAUGGAUAAAAACUGACAUCUGACGCAGGUCAGUGUUACUGGUUUACCUCUCAGACUGACUGAAGUCCACAAGAUGAGUGCUCGUGUGGAGGAAGAGGAGGACAGAGCAGAGCCUCCAGUAUCCAACGUUCUGUCUAUGAAGAGUGACCAGUACAACGAUCAUUUUACGACCUUCAGUAAUGAACCUGGACCCUCAAACACAAAACGUCAGACAGACCACAGACAGAGAGCAGAGUCCCCAGGAUCAGACUGUCUGUCUAUGAAGAGUGGCCGGUCCAUGGGUCAUCCUCCAGCCUUCAGUAAUGAACCUGGACCCUCAGACACAAAAGAGAGGGUGAGGAAGAAGAGGAGUGGUGUUUCUGUGGCGGAGCAGCUGUCCUGCUGUUCUUUGUGUCAGGAGGAUGUCCUGAAGGAUCCAGUCUCUACCAGCUGUGGACACUGGUUCUGCAGAAAGUGCAUCAACUCAUACUGGGACCAGUCUGCUUCAUCAGGAGACUUCUCAUGUCCUCAGUGUGGAAAAAUAUCCAGAACAAGACCUGGACUGCAGACAGACAGUCAGACCAUCACUGUACAAAUGAAUUUUGCUCUCCAGGAGGUUUUACAUCACCAUAAGAUCAGUCUAGGGAGGAGAUGUGAACAUGUGACUGAAGGAACUGAUGAAGCAGGAAGUGAAACCCUCCUCAACAGCAUCUACACUGAGCUCUACAUCACAGAGGGACAGAGUGAAGAGGUUAAUACCCAACAUGAGGUGAGACAGCUUGAGACAGCUUCCAAGAUGAAGACCCUCCAUGACGCUCCAAUCAAGUGUCACGACAUGUUUAAAGUCUUUACAGCCGAAGAGAAACACAAAAACUCACCGGUUAAAUCCUUACCUGACAAAAAGAAACACAUCAGAGUCGUUCUGACGAGCGGCAUCGCUGGUGUUGGAAAAACCUUCUCAGUGCAGAAGUUCACUCUGGACUGGGCAGAGGGCUUGGAAAACCAAGAUGUCAGUCUGGUGAUUCUGUUUUCAUUCAGGGAGCUGAACUUGAUGAAAGACGAGCAGUACAGUCUUCUCAUGCUGAUCCAUGUUUUCCAUCCAACAUUACAGAAGGUCACAGCAGAGAAGCUCGCUGUCUGUAAAGUUUUGUUCAUCUUUGAUGGCCUGGAUGAAAGCAGACUUUCAUUAGAUUUCAAGAACAUGACGGUCAUGUCUGAUGUCACACAGAAGUCAUCAGUCAAUGUGCUGUUGACAAACCUCUUCAAGGGGAAUCUACUUCCCUCGGCUCUCAUCUGGAUAACUUCCCGACCUGCAGCAGUGAAUCAGAUCCCUCCUACAUGUGUUAACAGGGUAACAGAAGUACAAGGCUUCACUGACGCCCAAAAGGAGGAGUACUUCAGGAGGAGAUUCAGUGAUGAAGAUCUCUUCAGCAAAAUCAUCUCACACAUUAAGACAUCUAGGAGCCUCCACAUCAUGUGUCACAUCCCAGUCUUCUGUUGGAUCACUGCUACAGUUCUGGAGCACAUGUUGACUACAGACCAGAGAGGAGAGCUGCCCAAGACCCUGACUGACAUGUAUUCACACUUCCUGCUGGUUCAGACAAAGAGGAAGAAGCACAAGUAUGAUAAGGGACAUGAGAUGAGUCCACAGGAGCUGACGGAGGCUGACAGGGAAGUUCUUCUGAAGCUGGGGAGGCUGGCGUUUGAACAACUGGAGAAAGGACACAUCGUGUUCUACCAAGAAGACCUGGAGCAGUGUGGUCUUGAUGUCACAGAGGCCUCAGUGUACUCAGGAUUUUGUACAGAGAUCCUCAAAACAGAGAGUGUGAUCUUCCAGAAAACAGUCUACAGCUUUGUUCAUCUGAGUGUUCAGGAGUUUCUGGCUGCAGUCUACAUGUACCACUGUUACACCAGCAGCAACACAGAGGUACUGAAGGCCUUCCUGGGAUACUACAGUCACUCAUCCCUGGAUGAGUUCCUGAUGAAAGCCAUGGAAAAAUCUCUCAGAAGUAAAAAUGGCCACCUGGACUUGUUUGUUCGUUUCCUUCAUGGCCUCUCGGUGAAGUCCAACCAGAGUCUCUUAGGAGGCCUGCUGGGUCAGACCGAGAACAGUCAAGAAAUCAUCCAGAGAGCCAUCAACAACCUGAAGAAGAUGAAUACUAAUGUCUCUCCUGACAGAAGCAUCAAUAUCUUCCACUGUCUGAUGGAGAUGAACGACCGCUCAGUACAUCAGGAGAUCCAAGAGUUCCUGAAGUCAGAGAACAGAUCAGAGAAGAAACUCUCUGAGAUCCACUGCUCAGCUCUGGCCUACAUGCUGCAGAUGUCAGAGGAGGUUCUGGAUGAGUUGGACCUGAAGAAGUACAACACAUCAGAUGAGGGACGACUGAGACUGAUCCCAGCUGUGAGGAACUGCAGAAAGGCUACGCUUAAGGACUGUGGACUCUCAAAGACUCACUGUGAAGUUGUGGCCUCAGCUCUGAAGUCCAACCCCUCCCAUCUCAGAGAGCUUGACCUGAGUGUAAACUCCAACCUGCAGGACUCAGGAUGGAAGAUUCUGUCUGCUGGACUGGAGAGUCCAAACUGUAGACUGGAGACUCUGAGAUUGAAGAGCUGCAGGUUGUCAGAGAUCAGCUGUGCUUCUCUGGUCUCAGCUCUGAAGUCCAACCCCUCCCAUCUGAGAGAGCUUGAUCUGAGUGACAACUCCAGUCAGGACAGUUCAAGAUCAAAGCUGCCAUUUGAUUUUCUGGAGAGUCCACACUGUAGACUGGAGACUCUGAGAUUGAAGAGCUGCAGGUUGUCAGAGAUCAGCUGUGCUUCUCUGCUCUCAGCUCUGAAGUCCAACCCCUCCCAUCUGAGAGAACUGGAUCUGAGUGACAACUCCAGUCAGGACAGUUCAAGAUCAAAGCUGCCAUUUGAUUUUCUGGAGAGUCCACACUGUAGACUGGAGACUCUGAGAUUGAGUUGGUGCAGGUUGUCAGAGAUCAGCUGUGCCUCUCUGGCCUCAGCUCUGAAGUCCAACCCCUCCCAUCUGAGAGAACUGGAUCUGAGCUACAACUACAGACUGAAGGAUUCAGGAACAAAGUUGUUGUGUGAUUUUCUGGAGAGUCCACACUGUAGACUGGAGACUCUGAGAUUGUGGGACUGCAGUUUGUCAGAGAUCAGCUGUGCUUCUCUGGUCUCAGCUCUGAAGUCCGACCCCUCCCAUCUGAGAGAGCUUGAUCUGAGUGGAAACUCCACACUGAAGGAUUCAGAAAUCAAGCUGCUGAGUGAUUUUCUGGAGAGUCCACACUGUAGACCGGAGACUCUGAGAUUGAAGAGCUGCAGUUUGUCAGAGAUCAGCUGUGCUUCUCUGCUCUCAGCUCUGAAGUCCAACCCCUCCCAUCUGAGAGAGCUUGAUCUGAGUGACAACGAGAGUCUCAACAGUUCAAGAACAAAGCUGUCCUUUGAUUUUCUGGAGAGUCCACACUGUAGACUGGAGACUCUGAGAUUGUGGAGCUGCAGUUUGUCAGAGAUCAGCUGUGCUUCUCUGCUCUCAGCUCUGAAGUCCAACCCCUCCCAUCUGAGAGAGCUUGAUCUAAGUGACAACGAGAGUCUCAACAGUUCAAGAACAAAGCUGCCCUUUGAUUUUCUGGAGAGUCCAGACUGUAGACUGGAGACUCUGAGAUUGAAGAGAUGCAGAUUGUCAGAGAUCAGCUGUGCUUCUCUGCUCUCAGCUCUGAAGUCCAACCCCUCCCAUCUGAGAGAGCUUGAUCUGAGUGACAACUACAGUCUCAACGGUUCAAGAACAAAGCUGCCAUUUGAUUUUCUGAAGAGUCCACACUGUAGACUGGAGACUCUGAGAUUGUGGAGCUGCAGGUUGUCAGAGAUCAGCUGUGCUUCUCUGCUCUCAGCUCUGAAGUCCAACCCCUCCCAUCUGAGAGAGCUGGAUCUGAGUGAAGACUACAGUCGGUACCGUUCAGAAAGGAAUCUGCAGUUUGAUUUUCUGGAGAGUCCAGACUGUAGACUGGAGACUCUGAGAUUGGAGAACUGCAGGUUGUCAGAGAUCAGCUGGGCUUCUCUGCUCUCAGCUCUGAAGUCCAACCCCUCCCAUCUGAGAGAGCUUGAUCUGAGUCACAACUACAGUCGGGACGGUUCAGAAAGGAAUCUGCAGUUUGAUUUUCUGGAGAGUCCAGACUGUAGACUGGAGACUCUGAGAUUGAAGAGAUGCAGAUUGUCAGAGAUCAGCUGUGCUUCUCUGCUCUCAGCUCUGAAGUCCAACCCCUCCCAUCUGAGAGAGCUGGAUCUGACUGACAACAAGAGUCUCAACGGUUCAGGAAGAAAGCUGCCAUUUGAUUUUCUGAAGAGUCCAGACUGUAGACUGGAGACUCUGAGAUUGUGGAGCUGCAGGUUGUCAGAGAGCAGCUGUGCUUCUCUGCUCUCAGCUCUGAAGUCCAACCCCUCCCAUCUGAGAGAGCUAGAUCUGAGAGGAAACUCCUUGAGUCCUUCAGACCAGAAGCUGCUGUCUGAUCUUCAGGAGAGUCCAGACUGGAGACUGGAGACUCUGAGGUUCUCCGAUUUUAAAGGUCAUACUGUCCCAUUGACUGGAAUCCAGAAGAUGAGAGGUUGUGUGGAGGAAGAGGACAAAUCAGAGUCUCCAGCAUCCAUCUGUGUGUCCAAACAUUAUCCUCCAGACUUCAGUGAUGAAGCUGGACCUUCAGACUUAAAGGUGGAGGACAGACGAAGCAGCGCUACACCUGACAGACAUGAAGGAUAUCUGUCUACAUCCAAUAGAACCCUUGAUGUGUCUGAGGACAACAGAGAAGAUCCGCUGAAUCCUGAUGAUCCAGAGAGAUUGAAGCAGCAGCAGCUUGCUGAAAAGAAUCUGACUGGGACAAAUCACUGGAAGGACUUCAAACCCAAAGUGCUGACUGAGUCUGCAAACAUUUCAUACAGGUUCAAGUGUCCUGGUCCAGGUGUGUUCAGGUGUUCUUUGACUGGACUGGUGUUUGUUAUGGCUCAGAAGGCGGAGCUGCUGUACAGGACUGUCCAAUGGGAUGACAGUCGCCUACAACCAGUUGGCAAGAUGGCUGCAGGGCCGCUGUUCAACAUCCAGAGUCCUGACGGUGCUGUCAGUCAGCUCCAUCUGCCACACUGUGAAACCAUGGAUGCUCCACUCCCUGAAGGUGUGCUGUCUGUCGUCCACAUCACUGAUGAUGGAAUGAGCAUCUUGCAACCGUUGGAGAUUACAGACACUCAUGUGGUUGUGAACGUCCCUCACUUCUCUGCCUUUGGCCUGGUCUGGGAUGUUGUUAAGAGGUUUCUGAACAUCACGCUACCAAUCAGUGGCCAGGUUCUGCUGUUCCUCCGACCUCUGGACGAAUGUCUUCAAAAACUCAAUGUAUUUCUGCUGCAGGACAACAUUCCUUUGACAGAGGUUGCAGCUAAACAAGGAGAAGCUCAGUACAUCGAGAUCUCCUCUGACUGUCAACUCAUCAGUGAUCAAAGUUACAGUGUUCACUGUGAACCUGAGGCAUCCACAAUACAGCCUGAGUGUGCACCAUUUCGCACAAAGUAUGGACCAAAUUUCUACCCAACAUUUGAGGUUUUGCUCUCUACAAACCAAGAGAAAGUGACUUUGAUGGUCCAAGACCAGGAGAGGACACAAGUGUGGAAACGUGUUGUGUAUCUGAGAGGUCCAAGAAGGGAAAAUCCACAGAGGACUCUCCCAGCAGGGAACAUCGUCCCAGCACAGACAGCCGAGAUGACGGAGGUGUACCUCCUCAACAUUCUGGACGAUUUAACAGAACAUGAAUUCAAUAAGUUCACGUGGUCCCUGAAGAAUCAAAAGGUGGGCGACAUUGAACCCAUCAAAGUGAGCCAGCUGGAGAAGGCAGACAGGAAGAAUGUGGUGGAUCUGAUGGUGCAGAAAUAUGAAUUUGCUGGAGCUGUGACAGUGAUGAAGAGUACUUUAAAGAAAAUCAACAGGAAUGAUCUGGUGAAGAAGUUGUCAAACAUCGGCUCAGGAGCAGAAGGUCCUGGUCCUUGUCCUGGACUUUGAGUGUCCCUGCAGGAAUGAAGCUGAUGUCUGUUCAGAGAAAGAUACUCUGAACCUGUUCUACGCAAACUGCAUAAACUCCUGGACCAUCAGGUCAUAACUGAUGAUGAAAUGGAGUUUGCCGGCAGAGAGACUCUGACUGGGCCAUGUUACUGGGAGGUAGAGUGGAGAGGAGAGCUUCAUCCAGCAGUGACUGACAGAGGAAUCAGAAGAAGAGGAGAUGACUCUCAGUGCUGCAGUCUGAACUGAUCUGAGAACAGCUCCACUGUCACACACAAAGUCAAGUCCACCAUCAUCCCUGUGUGUUCCUCUGGAUCUGACAGAGUAUCAUCAGUGUAUCUGGACUGCUCUGCUGCUACUCUGUCCUUCUACACAGUCUCUGCAGACACACCCAGACUCCUCCACUCAACCACCUCCUCCACCCUCCUCCUGGACCUGAGUCUCAGUCUGGAUUUUGGUCCAUGUGGAUCAUCUCCAGCAGAGGUUUGUUUAGAAAGACUUUCCUGCCUUUGUAUAUAAGUUGUAUAUAUGUUUUGAAUGUAUAUAAGUUUUAAAUGUCUCUUUACUUUCAGACAUGUGACCAUCUGUAUCUGUUGAAACCAGAGUGACACUGCAGAUUAUUGCAGAAUCACUUGACACUAUAACCGUUAAUUUACAGGAUUGUACAUAUCAGAGAAUAUUGACGUAUAUUAUAUAUCAAUAUAUAAUAUUGAGUAGGCUAGUAGUGUGAUGUGUGAAACAAACAUCCCUCAGGAUUAUGUGAGAUCUGUCAAAUAGAGGAAUCAGUGCAGCAUGUAAUUUUUCACUGUCAUAAAUACUCUCGAGAAGGAGAAACAUUAAAGAGGGAAAUCAGGAAGCUUGAAGUGGAAGAAAUGAGUCUAAAAAUGUAUUUGCCAUCAGGUUAGUGAGUCUAUUUCAUUAUAUGAAAGAAACUGGGCUGAUCAAAAGAAUUUAGUGUUCAGUGAAAUAUAGGAGAUGAGUCAUAACAUUUCUGAUAUGCAAGAAUGUUUGUUGCUUCACAUCUAUGAGACUCUGUGUGUUUGUUCUGUUUCAUUUAAUAAAUAAAGAUUAAACAUGACAAUUAA